UUAUUUUUAGCUACCGUAGCAAUUUUAAUACUCGGUUACGAAAUGAAGGAAGUGGUUAUAAUUUGCUAUUUCGGAAAUUUACUCAUGGACAACAGUUCUAAAAUGUUCGAUGCUCUCUGCACACAAAACUGGUUACGAAGUUCUUUGGAAUAUAAGAAGAUGGUUUUACUAAUGUUGAUGGUAACAAGACGACCAGUCACUUUGAAUAUAUCCGGCAUAGCUGAAGUUAAUCUAGUGACAUUGAAACAAGUGUGGUUUCAAAAUCGUCGCGCUAAAUGGAGAAAACGUGAGAAAUUUAUGAAUCAGGACAAAAAUGGCUAUCUACUUCCGGAUCAAGGUUAG